CUCCAAAACACUCUCCUCCUCCUCCUCCUCCUUCUCCUCCAAAACAAUAAGCAAGCAUCAUAAACCAUGUCCCAAACCCUCCUCCUCCUUCCUCCAUUUGAAGCUCAAUCAUCAACAGAUGAAGAAGACUACAUAGACAUUGACAUCACCUCCUCCUCCACCACUACCACCUUCAUCUCCUUCUCCCUUUCCCCUCCCCAUUCCAAAGACUUCCAGUUCCACUUCUCCUCCUCCUCCUCCUCCUCCUCCCCUAAAAACCCCCUUUUAAGUACUUCUCCUGCUGAUGAACUCUUCUACAAAGGCAAACUCCUCCCUCUCCACCUCCCUCCUCGUUUGCAUAUGGUCCAAACUCUUUUAGAAACCAAUAACUCCACUCCUUCUUUUCACUCUUGCAACAACAUCUCACCUUCCACUUCUUUCCAUGCUAGUGGAGAACUCAAUCCUAAGGACUUCUCUUUUGAUUCAUGUUCAGUGAGUUUAGUCCAAUCAUCUCAGAAAAAAUCUUGGUCUAAGAAGCUCAAACGUAUGAAACAUUCCUCAUUGUCUUAUCUCAAGUCUCUUUUCUCCAAAUCCAAGUGUUCAGAUGACUCCACUGCUGCUGCUGCUGCUGCUGCUGCUUCUUCUUCUCAAGAUGUUUGCAUUCAUAGAAGAUCUUUUUCUAGUGCUAUUAAAUGGCACAAUCCCACUAAAUUCUCUCCAUCAACUUCUUCAUUAUCAUCAUCAUCUAUCUUCUUUUUUUCUUCUGCUUCUUCUUCUUCAGUUGCAACACCAAUGUUGAAGAGAAGCAGUAGUGUUAACUCUGAAGUGGAGAUUUCCAUUCAAGGUGCCAUUGCUUAUUGUAAGAAGUCUCAGCAGUUUGUUUCUGCAAGGAAGGAUUUCUACAGAUGAACUUUUGUUCUGUAAUCUCUUCUUUUGUUUGUUUAUAUAAAAUUACUUCAUUUUGUAGUAGUAAUUGGCAUUGAUGAUGGGGAAUGUUUGGACAAAGUAAUUGAUAAGCAUUCAAUGUCAUCAAAG